AUGAGCUCCCCCGCCCCCCCCGCUCGUUUACCCACCAGCUCAAGGCCGGAGGGCCUGGAGGGCCCGGAGGCCUGCAAGGGGCCAGAAGACUUCGGACACACACCUUUUCUCACCGCGUUCUCUGUCGGAACUCUUGAGUCAAUUCUUACUCAGGUGACCCCAUGUGUGCAGAGACAAUGGGAUGUGAUUGGACCAACCAAACCUGUCCAGGCCUUAGUGGGGGAGAAUGUAAAGUUCUCUUGCUUCCUCUCUCCUGAGACAAAUGCAGAGGGUAUGGAAGUGCGAUUUUUCAAGAAUCAGUUCUCUGAUGUGGUCCACAUCUACAUGAAUGGGAAAGACCAGAAACAUAUGCAAAUGCCAGCCUAUCGUGGGAGAACAGAGCUCAUGAAGGACUUCAUUACUAAGGGUCAUGUCUCGUUGACGCUGGAGAUGGUCACUUCUUUGGAUGCUGGCGUGUAUGGGUGCUGGUUCAGUUCCCAGACUUAUUACCAGGAGGCUGUCUGGGAGCUGCAAGUAUCAGGUCAGUUGAUUAUUUCAGAGAAUUCGUAA